ACAGCAACUCGGUCGAGGUUUUUUUUUUUUGUUUGUUUGUUUUUACUGCAUUUUAAUUCCAACUUCUCACACGACGACGACGACGACGACGACGGUCGGUUGUCGGCGUGAAUUUUGCUUUGUUUUAGUAGAAGUUCCAUUCCUCUGUGUUGUGAAAAUGGUGCGGACCAAAGCGGACAGCGUCCCCGCAGCUUACAGGAAAGCUGUUGCAGGUUCAGCACCCAGGAAGUCUUUGGGCUCCAGCGCGUCCAACGCUUCGUCCUCUUCCUCGUCCGGUCAGGCGUCCACCCCUGGAAAGAACAAGUACACCGGAGGGAACCCCGUGUGCGUCCGGCCCACGCCCACCUGGCAGAAGGGCAUCGGGGACUUCUUCGACGGUCCCGGAAGGAAGCCGGAGAAGGAGAACGAGGAGCCCGACGCGGACGACCGACAGGCCGGCGGCAGCGGCGUGUCCAAGAGCGGCAAGAAGUCCAGGCCGCUGCCAGCCGAGGAAGACGAUGACGAAUGAAUCUGAAAUGUAAACGUGUACAUAGCCGGAAUUGUUUGUAUAGUUCACAGCCAGGAUGUUUUUCUUCAAUUUUUGUCAAUAAAAAGAAAUGACCUCUUUC